CCUCCCGAUUUCCCAUAUAUAUACAAAUCCCAAUUCCCCAUCUGGUCCUAAUUGGGAUUGUUUGAUCAAGAGCUCUGGAGCAUUCACAAAUAUCCUAGAAAUCAUUCACUUCUAUCUCAUCUUUACGCAAAAAGUUCAGAUCUCAUAUUCUUUACAAGUCAAACUACAUCACUCUUCAGCCUAGCAUGGCCGGCGGUUUUGAACCCAUCGACCCUGAGCAAUGUCAGCAUUAUGCCGAAUUCGCCUCACACCUCGGCCGGACGGCCUUUGAUGGGAUUUACUGGUCCCUCUUCGUGUUUGUCAUAAUCAUGCUUUUCCUCGCCUCAUGGAAGUAUUCAGGGACCUGCGAGGCGCUGGCGGAUUCCAGACCUGGGACAAAGCAUUACCGGCACAAGAUGCAACGAUGCCUUCUCAUCUGCUCCGGUUACUUUGUGCUCUCCAUCACCGCCGUGGUCAUGGAGGUCUACGCCCUAUUAGCUUUGCAAUUCUGUGACGGCGAAGACCUCAUGUCGCUCUACUGGUCUACUUGGACGAUGCUGCAGGUCGGCUCGCUCAUAGCCAUCUUGGGCAUUAUCCUGGCUGCCUUCAACGCCAUUCGUGGUAACAAGAACCCACCCUGGGCACUAGCACUCGGCACUCCCGUCCUCGUCGUCGCCGGCAUCGGCCACGCCUUCCACGGCGCCAUGCGCAAACGUGUCCAGCGCGUUCGAUCCAGGAGCUUGCGCUCUCGAAGCCGGGGUAGAUCGGAGAGUAGCCUCAAGGGAAUCUCGGCCAACGACUUGCCCAUGAGCAGGGAGGAGACAAUCCGGCUAGAAGAAAGUCCCACCGACGAAAACAACAGCAAUAACAACGAAUACCGCGCCAAACUCCUCGGCUACACCCCCGAAGGCGCCCCAAUCCUCCAAUUCCUCGAUGACCCCGGCAACAGCAUCGAUCCCGAGCGCGGCACCAUUUUGGGGAAGAACAUGACAAACGGACAGAUUAUUGUCGCCUUUAGGAGAUCUAUGAUUAUGGUUUCGGACAGCAACAGCAGCAACAGUAACCUCCCAACCCCGAACGAAAAGGCUUCUUCACCAUCAUUACUGGUGCCUCCCCCUUCGCCAAGGCCGCCGCCGGUGGUCAGGAUUGCUCCUCCGCGCCGUCCGUCUGAUGAGGAAGUGGAGGAGGCAGAGGUACAUGUCUCCCCUGUUUGAGACGGGGAUGUCUUGGAUUUUUGGGACGCCACCCACUUUCCGGGUUUCCCUUUUUUUCCACUUCUUUUUUUUUUCUUAUCUCUUGGCUUUUUUUUUUUUUGGUGCUUGUUUGUUUGUGUGUUUGUGUUUUUCUUUUUGCUAUAUCUUGGGUUUCAGGCAUUUAUGAUCGACAGCAGCGGCGCGGCGUUGGGCAACAAGCAAGCAAGCAAGGAAGCGGGACAAGGGCAAGCAAGAUUAUGAUUUUCCACGAACGACAUUUUCUCUUUUUGGCAUAGCGUUUGGUUUAAGAAAAAAAAUAACCUGGGUUAAAGACCGACUUUUUUUCGGGAUUUCCGUUCUUUUUUCUACUUUUUUCCUUGCUUUUUUGCGUUUCUUGUUAGGAAAUGCCGUACUCAGAUCUCCAUGUUGUGAGAGAUGGUAGAUUAGCGCCUUUCUUCCCGCGGCUGGGUUUGCGUUAUCUAGAUACCCAUGACGGUGCGCGCGAGAGCUGAGGG